CUUCUUCUUCUUCCUCCCUCUCGCGACAACCACCAUCCCUGCUCCCACCACCGCUGCCAUGUUGCCGGGAUGAGUGCAGGUUCUUAAGCCACCAAACUUAAGAAGUUGCUUAAGUGAAUGCUGGCCAUUAGAUCAAUCUAAGGCAGUUAUAAAUUAGUUAGUGGUUACAAGUGGUUAUUGGUUAGUUAAGGUUAGUUAAGGAAUUUUAAUCAAUUUAAACUUAAUCUGUUUUAAUUUACUCCGAACGAAAUAGAAAUAGUCAGUCUGUUGUUUAAAGGUAGGGUUUUUUUGGCCAGGUUCCUCCGUUUUUCUUUCCCGGAGACUUACCUUCCAUCUCUACAGUCUUCUACGGCCGCAUCCCUCUAUAUUAAAGCUUUCCAAUUCAAAGAUAGAGAGAGGGAAAGCAAAUAAAGAAGAGGUUCAUUCUAUUAAUUACAGGGAACCCAAUAGCUUCACAAUCUCCAUAGCGGUUUCUCUUCCGGGCUCCGACCAUUGAGCAAAUCCAGUUGAAGAGAUGGAAGCCGGAGGGCUCGAGAGAUGGAGAGUUCAUGGCGGACGGUUUUGAUGUUUCGAUUGUUUGGUGAUAGAUAUGAAUAUCAUCUUAGUUUUUGUAUAUGUUGUUGUUAACAUAUUAUUACUUACAUUAAAAAUGAUGAGAUAUCGUUAAUAAUUAUUUCGUAAAAUGUUAAGAAGUAUUUAGAAAAUGAUAAUGAUAGCAUUUUAUAUCAUUAAACAUUAACAACGUCGCCCUUCGUAAAUAAUUUAAUUUUUAAUCAUUGUUAAUAUUUUAUGAUAAAUUGCAUAAUGACGAGAUAUCUUUAAUAGUGAUUUUGUAAAAUGCUAACAAUUAUUUACAAAAAUGAUACUAAUGAUAUUGUAUAUCAUUAAUGAUUUAUUAGUAUAUAUAGUUAAUAAUCAUUAAAUUUUGUCAUUAUUGUGAAUUUUGCUUGCAUUUUUAACAUAAUGACGAGAUAUCUUUACUUGGUUGGCUUUUCAGGGCAAGAUUGCAACCAAUGCUCUCCGUUUUCAGAGGAGGAUCGCAGACUCACCAACUUGCUUGUGGUGUACAGGACAGCCCGAGACGGUUCUGCAUAUCCUGAGGGAUUGUGCACCAGCGCUGUUUUUCUGGUCCAGGCUCGUGCCACAGUAGAAACAACAUGAGUUCUUCAACGCCCCUCAUGAGGUUUGGUUCCGUAGCAACCUCUUGAGCAAGACGGCGACCAACACAGGUAUUAAUUGGCCUGGUUUCUUUAGCAUGGCCUGUUGGUUAUUAUGGAAGAAUCGCACCACUAUGGCGUUCAAAGGAAUUGGUGCUGCGCUGGCCACACCUUCUCUCUUGCAUUCUAUUAUGGUUAAGAGCAAACUCUGAAAUGACUCCUGGCACGCCCUGAUCUCUUCACCAACCGCACGAAGCAAGGGGUUACGCGGGUUAUGACGGCUAUCAGUUGGGCGCCCCCUGCGAAGGGUUGGGUGAUGGUGAACACUGAUGGGGCUUCUAAUGGAAACCCAGGUCCAGCGGGUGCUGGCGAGGUGGUUCGAGGCCCGCUAGGUAAUUGGUUGGGAGGCUUUGUGGCAGGUAUCGGCUCGGCUACUGCUGUGUUGGCAGAACUUUGGGCGAUUUAUUAUGGCUUGGAGCUCACUUGGAAGCUUGGUCAUCGAGUGGUGAAGUUAGCUUCGGAUUCUCAGCUUGCGAUUCAGUUGAUUCAGGAACGUCAUGAUCCCAUUCAUCCUUAUGCGACCCUCUUGAAUCUUAUCCGCAGGAAAAGCGGACAGGAUUGGUUAGUUAGCCUGACUCAUACAUAUCGCGAAGGGAAUAGAGUCGCGGACUGGCUCUCGAAGCACAGUCUCGUCUAUCCCUACGGGAUGUGUGAGCUGGUUGAUCCACCUAUGGGAGUUGUCCCGCUUUUGCAGGAUGACAUUAUGGGUGUUACCUUUGAGCGUUGGGUUGUGGCGAACUCCUCCUCUACUAGUUAAUCCAUCUCUGUAAUCUUUCUUGUUCUUGGCUUCGACCUCCUUGAUAUUAAAAAAAAAUCUUAGUUAUCAAUAAUUUACAAUAUAGUUAUUAACCGUUAGAGAUCAUCUUUCAACAAUAACCAUAUGAAAGUUUUGGAUGGUAUUUGAGUUUUAACAUUGAGUCCAAACAUUAUUUGAUAUGAUCCAAAUUGGCCACUUCUACAUGUCACAAUUACUUGCCAAAGAAGCUAUCAAGGUUGGAAAGAACUUGGGCAGAAUUUGGCUAAGUCAAAAUCCGUGUUCAGGGUACAUACUUUGGAGGCAUGGUUCUCUCAAUUGGCUUGGUGGAAAUUCCAUUUUAAAAGUUUGUUUUGCAUAUAAAGUUGCCAUCUUUCC